AUGAUCACUACGUCCGCCGGAAAUAAGUACGUAAAAGAUGUUCCUCGCAUGGCUCUCACGGAAACCUCUCUCAACAAGUACUGUGAGGAUAAAAUCGCCCACGUCGAGAACAUCACGAUUCCCGCCUACGUCGUUGCGAGCUAUACCAAUAUGCUUCAUACGGCGGGUACCUUCGAUGCCUUUAAUCGGUUGGGCUUGUCAGAAAAAUGGCUCCGCGUGCACAACAGCUCUAAAUGGCCAGAUUACUAUGAGCCAUGUCAUGUGGAAGAGCUGCAUUCUUUCUUCGAUUGUUUCUUGAAUAUGAAGAGCAACAAUUGGAGGGAAACCCCCCGAGUCCGCCUCUCGAUCCUAAACCCUGGCGGAAAUGGCACGAUAAACCGCCCUGAGUCCCAGUGGCCGCCGGCGACCACGACUCCAGAGAGACUCUACUUGCAUUCAGAUGCGACUUUGCAUGCCAAGCCCCAGAAUACCUCGGACUUCCUCGCCUAUACCGUGAAUGGAACUGGAUCGGUGCAGUUGAUAUACACCGUUCCAAACGACAUGGAAAUUAUCGGCAAUAUGCGUGUGCACCUAUGGGUGGAAGCUUCGGGAUCUAACGACGACAUGGAUCUUAGUGUUUCGGUUCAAAAGUUGCAGUCCGAUGGAAAAGCAUUCACCUCCAAUGAUGACGGGGAGAGAUGCUCGCCCUCUCCAUCUCUGCCCAGAGGGCGUCGUCCUCCAUGA